ACUGGCGUUGAAAUAUAUAAAAAUCAAUAAAGUCGGUCAAAGGUACCACGUCACAGCCCGUAGCGGCUUGCUGAAGUAUGCCCAGUAGCUUGUUAUUUGCCACAAACAGUGAAGGUCGCGUUUAUACUCUCUCCACGAAUUCUUCAUCAUGGAGAGAAUUUCCAUAUGUUGGCUUGGAGUUCAAAAAAAUCUCCACAGUGCCAAAUUUCAUGUGGGCGAUUGGUGGCGACCGACAAGUUUAUGUGCAUGUACAUGGCCUGGAUGUUCCUAUACGUGUUAAAGAAGAAUCUUAUGAAAAUGAACGUUGGAUACCAAUUGAAGGUUUUUCAAAAAUGCUACUACCUACAGAUCGUUACAAGUACUCAUCAUCUGAUGGUAGUGCUGAGCGAAGUAUUGAUAAAAUACGUUUACCUUCGAUGGCUUGGCAAUGGGACGGAGAUUGGCAUCUUGAUUUAGACCUGGAUGGACAAACUUUAGACGAAGGUUGGAUGUAUGCGCUAGAUUUUCCCGCAACAUACAGUGCAAAAUGCUCUUGGAACUCAUAUGUCAGACGUAGAAAAUGGAUACGCUUCCGUCGGUAUAGCGCAUUGAAUACUUGGUGUGCUGUUGCACCGCUGCAUAAAGAUCCAACGCAAGAACCUUUUAUUGACGUUUCUAUUGGUGGCAAUAAUGUACCUAAUGCACCGGCAGACACACUAAUUGUUUGGGCUAUUACAGCACAUGGCAGGGCUAUGUUUCGUACUGGCGUAAAUACAACAGCACCGGAAGGUUUGCGGUGGACAGCCAUAAGCACACCUGCAGGUUGUGAGCUAACACAAAUAAGCGUGGGAUCAACAGGUCUCGUUUGGGCUGUGCUGCAUAAUGGUCGAGUACUAGUGCGUUCGGGUGUAACACGUGACAAUUUGUGUGGUGAAACUUGGUUAGAUGUAAAACCACCUACACCCUCCCAAACUACAGAUACUUCAAAUGGUUUGAAAAUUGUGCAAGUUUCAGUGGGUACCGAUACAGUUUGGUGUGUAACAAAUGACCAUCAUGUUUGGUUUAGACGUGGCAUUAAAGGUGAUGCUGCGGGUAUAAGUGAAGAUGCUGCAAUAGGAAGUGGUUGGGUAGAAAUGGUUGGAAAUAUCUCCAUGGUCUCAGUUUCUCCAAACGAUCAGGUGUUCGCUGUUGGUGCUACUGAUCGCAAGAUUUUAUUCCGCGCCGGAGUUUCUGCUUCAGACCCAACUGGUAAAAAGUGGCGUCAAUUACAAUGCCCAAUGCAAAUCAGUCGCACUUCCAGUUCUAUGUCUAUAGUAUCGCGCAAAAGCGGUAGUGGCUCAACGCCAGGUUCCAAAACACAAAGUUUUUCAAAUUUGUAUACCAAAGAAAAAGAGAAGGGAGUUGUCGAAACUUGUGCUAUUAUCGAAAAUUUACCGCAUAGUCCAGCAUCUACUAGUAGUGGUGGAUACUCGGCACAAACAAGACUUAAGAAUGAGCUUUGGAGGAAUGCAUCAGAUUCACCACCAAAUAUUGGAAGUUUAAACCUGAACGAGCGUCACAAAAAACGCACAGCAGCACUUCGAGAACCUACCCAUGCUUCAAGUGCGCCAGCUGCAGAGAUUGUUGAAAUAUCAGGAAAGCAUUUUGAAACUCAGUUGAAGAAUCCACGUGCUUGGUCUCCAGUACGUAGUGUUGGAUCAGUAGUUGGUACGGAGGCACAUCCAGAAAGCGAUUCUACAGUUUUUGAUGCUGACUCCACACAUCAUGGAUCUGAUGCAUUUCUAGGUGAUGAUGAGGAUCAUGCAGGCUCACAAUUUUGGAGUGAAUGUGAAGUCAUGUGGAGUUGCACUGCAGCUGGAGCUCUCGCUGUUGAUCCCACGAACUUACCCAAUUGGUUCAAUGAGCAAUUGUCCGCAGAUGGCAAAAUUGAUUUGAAGGCUGAGUGGCGCGUUGAUAUUAUGGAAAAAUUAAAGAAACGCCAAACUAGAUUUUUAGCUAUAAAAAAUAUUGAAAAAUACGAAAAGGCUAUAGAAUUGUCAUCGUGGGUAAAAUCAGCAGAAGCGCGUUACCAAAGACCAGGUGGAGAGUUUGAAGAUUGUUUAAUUGAACUUGAGUGGGUCAGUAGUGCAGAGCAAAGCAAUAAUGGAAACACAGAAUCAGACACAGGCACAUUUACGGUACUUAAUCCAGAUGGUGACACAACUAAAAUACAAUUUUCACUCUCUGAUAUAACGUGUGUACAAUGCUGCAGUGAACCGCCAUCUCCGCGCAUAGCAAUACAUGCUCCUCGCUUGCCAACGAAUUGUUCGCCAGUGAAAUUACAAUUUGCAACAGACGCAGAAAUGGAAGACUGGAUUUCUCAUCUUACGUCAGUUUGUUGUCAAAUUAAUGAGGUCAUGGGUAAACCUGCUUCCAACUCCAUUUGGUUGACUUCCGAUUUGGGCGAUGUCUUCGUUUUUGAUCCAUGUAAUAUGAAGUCGAAUCAGCUUGAGACCAAAAGUAAUUUCUAUGUGGAUAAAAUUGAUGUAACAGCGACUGAGACUCCAUACUAUGUAACCCUGCACAAUGGUAUGCCUUGUGGAACUGAGUUGGAAAUUGCUGGGUGUGUGUACGAUGAUGCUGAUCAAAUAAGGUUCGAUUUGCAAUGUCAUCCCAAAAUUAAAGUUCGGCACAAAGUAGAUAAAUAUCGCGUUAUUGCGAUGCAUAUUAAUCCCAGAUUUAACGAAAAUACAAUCGUUUUCAAUUCAAUGGAUGACUCUGAGUGGUUAGAAGAAAUACGUUACAAUAAAAUGGUUUUUGCGCCUGGGGCAACAUUUACACUUAAAAUUAAAGCUCAACAAAAUUAUUAUAAAAUAUUUGUGAACAAUGCACAUUUCGCCGACUACACUUACCGCACAGAUCCAGAAUCGGUCACUUGUCUCUAUGUCAGCGGACGGGUUAAACUUUUUAAUGUUAUUUAUUAUAGUCCUUCAGUGAUUAUAUCAAUGCAACAAAUGUUCUGGCGACAAAUGGGUGGUCAUCUAAAACGUGUGUUCACCUGUGGAGCAGGUAUUGUGUGGGGUAUGUCAUGUGAUAACACGGCUUGGUGUUAUAAUGGUGGUUGGGGAGGUCAUUUCCUGAAGGGUCUUGAAGGAGGUUGUGGAAAAAUGAAUCAAAUGAUUGAUACGCACACUUUUUAUGUUUACGAGAAUCAACGUUGGAAUCCUAUAAGUGGAUUCACUACCAAAAGUUUACCUACUGAUCGCCACAUGUGGAGCGAUGCUACGGGUAGGCAAAAACGAAGUAAAGAUCAUACAAAAUUAUUAUCUGCGCAUUGCGAAUGGAUAUCUGAUUGGAUAGUCGAUUUUAACUUACCGGGCGGUGCAGACAAAGAAGGUUGGCAAUAUGCCAUUGACUUUCCCGCCUCAUAUCAUAGUGCAAAGAAAAUCACCGAUUGUGUGCGUAGGCGACGCUGGGUUAAAAGAUGUCGCCUUACUAGUAGUGGGCCGUGGCAGGAAUUAAGUCACUCGAAAAUAAUUGAUGCUUCUUUACAAAUUUUAGACGACGAUGCUGAUAGUGCUGCAGGCGAUUUCGAGGAUUUAAGAGUUACUGCAUGGGCCGUUGCUGCUAACGGUGAUGUACUUAUACGCCACGGUGUCACACCAUCAAAUCCUCGAGGUGAUAGAUGGGAACACAUUGUAAGCGAACAGCCAUUAGUAGCGAUUAGUGUUAGUCCAACUGGACAGAUUUGGGCUGUAGGUAGAAAUGGCAUGAUAUUCUUCAGAUAUGGUAUUACAAAACAUAAUCCUUUAGGUGAGGCUUGGCAAGCAGUGGAGGCACCAGCUGGUGUUACUUUCAAGUAUGUGUCUGCUGGAAAAGCCGGCAUUUGGGCUAUAGAUAAUAGAACACGACUGGCCGUUCGCAAAGAAAUCACGAAAACAUUUCCUGAAGGCUCCCACUGGCAGUUUUUGCCGAAUGUUCCCAGUGUACCACCAAAUUCAGAAACUCAUGUUGGCUUUAAGUCAAUAUCCGUAGGCAAAGAAGUAUGGGCAAUUGCCAUGAAUGGCGUUAUAUGCAAACGUUGUGGAAUAACCAAAGAAAAUCCUGCUGGCGCUGGUUGGAAUGUCGGAAUUCCAGGCCAGUGGCAACACAUUUCCGUGGAAGGAUUUUGUUAAAUAAUAACUAAAUUUUAUUUAUAAUUUUAGUGUUCAAAUUUAUUGUAUGUUUGUACAUUUUUAUUUUUAAACUUUAUUUUGUGAUUCUUAACAUUCCACUUCCAAAAUGUUUUAUUAUUUAAUUUAAUAUUAAGUUGUUAUUGUUUUAUAUUUAUACAUGAUAAUUUUUAGGAAGAUGACUGCUUAGCCCACUUAUUUAUAUAUGAUAAGUAUUAAAUUAUAUGCCUAUGUACUGCUAUUGCCAUGUUAAAAUAUACAUAUUUA